AUGACUGAGACAAGUAUGCAAGAGGGGAAUUCUGAUGUGUAUGGAUUCCUUGAGCCACAGUCCAUCCAGAGAUAUGGGCAAUCGCAAUUUGAAUUAGAAAGUUACAUGAAGAACUGGAUGCAGAAUUUAAAACGGGAUGUCUACCUAGGAGCCUACCUGAAUGGUGCACAUUGGCAAAUGGUCGUCAUUUUGCCUAAGGAAAAUCUUGUCGUCUGGUUUUGUUCCUUGCAUAAUAGGCUAGACAACUACCUGAAAGGAAUAAUUAAUAGUGCUUUGAAAGGACUUGACGAUACUCCAGAACCUAAAUCCAAGGCUGGUGUAGUAAAAAUUAUGAAUUCACCAGUGUCGCAACCUGCCCUCCGGCAAGGGCGCGAAAAAGGCCUCUCGGUUGGGCCAAAGGUUCAUCUUCCUUUGAAGAAAAAUGCGUGA